UUUCCUAAGAAAUACUUCAAUGGAAAUGCUUAAAUACGUUAUUAGCGAUAAUAAUUAUUCUUGGUGGAUAAAGCUAUACUUCGCCAUUAUUUUCGCAUUGGUUCUUUCUGUGGCCGUAAACUUGGCAAUUGGAAUUUAUAAUACGUGGGACAGCACCCCUGUUAUUAUUGGAAUAAGUUCUAAAGCGACUCCCGUGGAUCAAAUUCCGUUUCCAGCAAUUACGGUUUGCAAUAUGAACCAGGCUAAAAAGUCGAAAGUAGAGCAUUUAAUGCCAGGAUCAUUAGGAUACGCAAUGCUCCAAAAGACCUGCUUUAAGGAAACUAGUUACUCGCAAUACAUGGAUAAUCAGCACAGAAAUGAAACAUUUCCAAAUUUCAUAUUGGAUGUUUCUGAGAAGUGUGCAGAUCUGAUAGUAUCGUGCAUUUUUCAUCAACAAAGAAUACCCUGCACUGACAUCUUCAGAGAAACCUUCGUGGAUGAAGGAAUGUGCUGCAUAUUUAAUGUUCUGCAUCCGUAUUACCUUUAUAAAUUCAAAUCACCCUAUAUUCGCGACUACACUUCGUCCGACAGGUUUGCAGACAUCGCCGUAGACUGGGAUCCAAUAUCUGGCUAUCCACACAGACUACCUUCAAGGUAUUAUCCCCGUCCGGGAGUUGGAGUUGGUGCCUCGAUGGGUCUGCAAAUCGUUCUCAACGGUCACGUCGACGACUAUUUCUGCUCCUCCACAAACGGUCAGGGCUUUAAGGUACUCCUGUACAAUCCGAUAGACCAGCCGCGCAUGAAGGAGUCGGGAUUACCUGUGAUGAUUGGACAUCAGACGAGUUUUCGCAUCAUAGCUAGAAACGUUGAAGCCAUACCUUCUAUAAGAAAUAUUCACAGGACGAAACGCCAAUGUAUUUUUAGUGACGAGCAGGAAUUGCUCUUCUACCGCUACUAUACGCGCCGAAAUUGCGAGGCAGAGUGCGACUCCAAGUUUUUUCAGAGACUCUGCAAUUGCAUUCCCUAUUACUUACCACUUAUUUAUCCCAACGCCUCAGUGUGCGAUGUGUUCCACUUUGAAUGUCUGAAUCGUGCAGAGUCCCAGAUCUUCGACCUACAGAGCUCAGAGUGCAAGGAGCUUUGCCUGACCAGCUGCCAUGAUUUAAUUUUCUUUCCCGAUGCUUUUUCAACUCCUUUUAGCCAAAAGGACGUCAAGGCACAAACCAACUACCUAACGAAUUUCUCCAGUGAUUACAUACGCCAAAACUUGGCGGUAGUCAACUUCUUUCAUACCGACAACUAUUUUAGAAGCAGUGUAAGGACUUCGUAUACCGGACCCACUGAAUAUAUGGCGUCAACUGGUGGCAUUAUGAGCUUAAUGAUUGGAUUUAGUGUAAUAUUUAUUGCUGAGAUUAUAUACAUAAUUUUCUUCAUUUUAGCACUGUUGCUUAUAAUUAUAUUCUGA